GAGUAAAGAGUGAAGAGUGAAGACAGAGGACACGGGCAAAUACGCUAAGUGCAGGGGUAUUGAUGCAAAAAGCCCCAAAAAUUACAGAGGAAAACGUAAAACGAAAAUUGGAAACUCGUCCGUCAGCUAUCGAAACGGCAAACGCAAGGCCCUACUUGGGUGUGUAGACCUAUGGUAAUCGAGCCCUUUUCCGGCCUCUGCAUAGAAACCUGAAGGGCUCUGUAACUGGGAUUGUGGCUCUGGCUGGCAGCAAGGGAGUGAUAUAACGGCCACAGGAAACGUUUCUUUGGGUUUCAUCUUCGGCGUAGAAGCACUAACUGGUUGUUAUAUACAUUUUGUUGCUCUCAUAUCCACUGAAAUGGCUGAUGGACAUGAAACUGACAAGAACAUUGAGAUAUGGAAGGUCAAAAAAUUGAUAAAGGCGCUUGAAUCUGCAAGAGGCAAUGGAACUAGCAUGAUCUCUCUGAUCAUGCCUCCACGUGAUCAGAUUUCUCGUGUCACGAAGAUGUUAGGUGAUGAAUUUGGAACUGCUUCAAACAUAAAAAGUAGGGUUAACCGUCAAUCAGUGUUGGGUGCUAUCACAUCUGCCCAGCAGAGGCUGAAGCUUUACAAUAAGGUUCCUCCUAAUGGAUUGGUGCUUUAUACUGGAACUAUUGUUACAGAGGAUGGGAAGGAAAAGAAGGUGACUUUUGACUUUGAGCCUUUCAAGCCUAUCAAUGCAUCACUGUACCUCUGCGAUAACAAGUUCCACACAGAGGCUUUAAGUGAACUCCUAGAAUCUGAUGAUAAGUUUGGCUUUAUUGUUAUGGAUGGGAAUGGGACCCUUUUUGGGACAUUAAGUGGAAAUACACGGGAGGUGCUUCAUAAAUUCACAGUUGAUCUUCCAAAGAAACAUGGAAGAGGAGGGCAAUCUGCUCUUCGAUUUGCCCGUCUUCGAAUGGAGAAACGUCACAAUUAUGUGAGAAAGACAGCUGAGCUUGCCACACAAUUUUUUAUCAAUCCUGCCACGAGUCAACCUAAUGUUUCUGGUUUAAUACUUGCUGGGUCUGCUGACUUUAAGACAGAAUUGAGCCAGUCUGAUAUGUUUGAUCCCCGUCUCCAGGCCAAGAUCCUGAAUGUUGUUGAUGUUUCUUAUGGAGGGGAAAAUGGAUUUAAUCAAGCCAUUGAACUUUCUGCAGAGAUUUUGUCAAAUGUUAAAUUCAUACAAGAGAAGAAACUGAUUGGGAAAUAUUUUGAGGAGAUAAGCCAAGACACUGGGAAAUAUGUAUUUGGUGUGGAUGAUACUCUAAAGGCUCUGGAGAUGGGUGCUGUUGAGACACUCAUCGUUUGGGAAAAUCUUGAUAUUAACAGGUACACACUGAAAAACAGCACUACGGGUGAAAUUAUCAUAAAGCACUUGAACAAGGAUCAGGAGACUGAUCAGAGUAACUUCCGAGAUCCAGACACUGCUGCAGAAUUGGAGGUUCAGGAUAAUAAGGUGUCUCUGCUUGAGUGGUUUGCUAAUGAGUACAGAAACUUUGGCUGCACUCUUGAGUUUGUCACUAAUAAAUCCCAAGAAGGCUCGCAGUUCUGUAGAGGUUUUGGUGGCAUUGGGGGCAUACUCCGUUACCAGCUUGAUAUGAGGUCCUUCGACGAGCUUUCUGACGAUGGAGAAGCAUACGAAGAUGUUGAAUAGCAAUCAAUCAAACCCAAUUCAAAGACCGGUGCAGAGGGAUUUUGUAAAAGGGCCUACACUGGGUCAGCAGGUCAAGUGCUGGCUGCUGCUGCUCCUUGGGUCAUUGUGAGAGGCUUUGUGGAGUAUUAAUUAAGGGAGAUUUGGUGGAGCAGCUGGAUUGAAUUACUGGACGGAGGGAAGGAAGCUUCUUUCUUGGCUGUACGAGAUGAUGAUGGGUACAAAGCAUGCCUUUGAUUUUUCUGGCGACUUGGUUGUUGAUGGGGUCAUGAUGGAUGGUAUUUCAAAAUCUUAUUUUUGAAUUGGCUAGUUAUGGUAGUGUGCCAACUAGUUGCAGUAUGGUACUGUUGCAGAAGAGUCUCGAGCUCUCUUGUUUUAUGUUGCUUUUAAGUUGAAGCCUGGUGUUGUCCAGGUCCUUGAUCUUGGGGAAGUCCUGUGAACUUCCAUAAGUUUCAAGUGGUAAUAUACUUCAUCUGUUGUAGCCCCUAUAGUGGGAAGUGGGAACAUGUUUGAUGGGCAAUGUGUGGAUUAACCGUUGCCUGAUACUACUACUCUACACCUUUUGAUGAUUUUGAUUGUUUAAUGGAUGUACUACUUCUUGAACUA